AUGCAAUCUAUAAACCGCGGAGUCGUUUACCUUCCGCGCGCCGAGACGGCCGCCAUGUGCGCGGACGCGUGAGUGCACAGCCCGAGUCGACGCGCGCGCAGAUAGGCCGACCCCGCGGCGGCGCGCGGACAUGGUGCGCUGGCUGAGGGCGGCGCUCGUGCUGCUCACCGGCCUUUGCGCCGGCGCCUGGCGCCCCCCGCCGCAUCCGAUGCUCCUCACCACCAUCCACCGCACGCGACGAGAAGCUCCCGACAACACGCGACACCUCCAGCUGCUCGGCUGGCAUUUGGAGCUUCAGGAAAACACGGCGAUACGAUCUCCUUACUACAACGAGUGCCAGUUUUACACGGGACGAGUGCUGUACGAGGAAAAGUCAUCAGCGACAGUGACAGAAUGCGGGGAUCAGCUCUACGGGCUGCUACAAGUAGAUGGGGAGGAGUUUGUGCUGCAGCCCACAGGAAAAGAGAACAGUGACGGUACUCAUGUGCUCAGGAGAAGAGAUGUUUUACUCUCGGAGCAGCCGGCGGCGUAUAACCUCACAGGCGACACUGUAUCCGAUCUUGAACUUGACCUAUCUGAUGAGGAGCCGGCGACGCCGAUGCCGCAAGUGCGUCUGCGGCACAACCAUGACCGUAACGUCCAGGAAUAUCGCAAUAUGAUAGUAUCCCGACCCGUGACAGGCCCCCAGGAACUGUGGUUAGAAAUGGCCAUUGUGGCAGAUCACACAAUGAUGAAGUUUCACGGUCAAGAUGAAACACGAGUGAGGCACUAUAUUUUAGCGUUAAUGAAUAUUGUCAGUGCUAUCUUCAACGAUCCAUCGGUGAGCUCAAACAUGACGCUUGUGAUCAAUCAGUUGUACUUGGAAAACGAUCCUGUUGUGAAAUACGGGAAUGUUAAGAAGACGCUGGAAGCUGUAAACAAAUGGAACUACAGACAUUUAAUGAAAUUGCCACCAGACCGUGCGGGUUGGGAUGCAGCGGCUUGGCUGACCCGUGCGCCACUCGGCGGGCCGUCGGGCUUCGCCCCCGUCUCCGGGGUCUGCUCGCGCGAGCGCUCCGCCGCCAUCAUCCGCGACGAGGGGCUCACGAGCGCCUUCGUCAUCGCGCACGAGUUGGCUCAUCUGUUGGGCCUCACGCACGACGGCGAGGAUCAGUGUGCAGCAGCGGCGCAGCGCGGCUCGGUGAUGGCGCCGACUGUACUCGCCUCGCUUCACAACUUCUCCUGGUCUGCCUGCUCCAAGAAACAACUACAUGACAAGGCCAAGAAAUGGUGGUGCCUGCACACCCGAAGCCAGGACGACGGGGUGGAGCUGGGCGGCGCCAGGGAGCUGCCCAAAUACGGCUUCACUAUGGACGAACAGUGCCGAACUGAAUUCGGUGACGGGUUUUCGGUGUGCAAAUCGGUGAAGGUGCGGUCAGCGUGUCGGCGGCUGUGGUGCUCGCACCGCGCUCAGCCCAACGUGUGUCGAUCCAAGCGCGGCGCGCCUCUCGACGGCACGCCUUGCGGACCCGGCCAGUGGUGCGUGAAUCGAGUCUGUGAACCAAUGCCUGGUCAUGGGAUCAGAAGUGAGGACAGAGUAGAAGAACCACCGGAACGGCCACACUGGGAAGAGUGGGGGGCAUGGAGUGCGUGUAACGCUGACUGCGGUUAUGGGCUACGAACCAGGUCGAGGCGAUGCUGGUACAAGGGUGAGGUGUCAGAGAGCGCGUGCGAGGGCGGCGCGUCUCAGGUGGCGACGUGCUGGGCCGGCAGCGUUUGCGCAGCUGUGCGCGACGCGCGCUCUGACUGGUGCCGCCGCCGGCGCGGCUCGCUCAUACCUCACAUACACACCGACGAGUCUCAACAAUGUGAAAUGUGGUGUGUGGACUACACGGGAGGAGAACCCUCAAGCUACGGCUCUCUGCCAGAUGCCACGCCUUGCAGCUACGACAGACCCUACGAUCUUUGUUACCAGGGGGCUUGUGUAAAAGGCCAGUGUAACCCGUCGGAUUCGACUUGCAACUGGUGUCCUGAUGGCUACUGUAGCAACAAUACGCAUCUUUACCACAGGCAAUUGGGCAAAGGCUGGACACGGAUAACAAUGGUCCCGCACGAGGCAAACCAGCUCUCUAUCCACAUCGCGACACCGGUCCCACUUUCCAUAGCCAUCAGAGAACGCAAGCGUGACAAACACAUUCUAGAGCUGCGCAAACAUUCCAAGCGGGUCGAGCUCGAACAACAGCACAAUUACCUCAAAUACGAUCCAAAUGUGCCACAGAAUUUGCAAAUAAUAGACCUGGAUAGUAACGUGAUAGAUAUAAAAGAGGAACGCUACGGCUGGGAGGGACAGGUGGUCGCCGCGAGCAGUCUGUUGCGGUGGACGCAGACGGACGCUGAUGUGCAUAUAUCGGCUCAGUCACCGCUACAGACUGAUCUGAUGAUUAUGGCAAUACCCGAGCACGAAUUAGAAACAGAAGAGGCAGUCAGCGUGGAGGUGUCUGUCAACUAUAGCUCGCCCGCGGGCAAUAGCAGGAGCCGACCCAUGGAAUACAGCAAGUGGCCAGUGCGCGGCCCGUGUAGCGCGUCGUGCGGCGGCGGGCUACGCGUGGUGCGCCCACGAUGCCUGCGCGGUCAACAGUGCGCCGCGCCACGCUACGAGGCUUGCAAUACGCACCGAUGCGAGUUCCAAUGGAAGGCGGACGAGUGGGAGUCCUGCAGCGCCACUUGCGGUGACUCCGGACUGCAGGAGCGGCAGCUCUUCUGCGUGCCCGUUACUCUCAACUCCACAUACCAAAGGGAUCUGAUUAGAGCCAUGGUGUCGCCGGCACUGUGUUCGGAGCCCAGGCCGGAGCAACAGCAACCUUGCAACCGCUUGCCUUGUCCCGUCUACUGGCAGGAAAUGCCAUGGACGCCGUGUUCAACAACGUGCGGUCGCGGUAUAUCGCGGCGGCCGCUGGUUUGCCCCGCCGAGCACGAGUACCUGUGCGGCGCACGGCCGCGCGAGCGCCGCCGCCGCUGCCGUCUGCGCCGCUGCCCCGCACCGCGCCCCGCACCCUGCGCCGCCGACACCCUCAAGUACUGCGAGUUGUUCCCUACUGAUCAACUUCGUAGGAACUGCAUUCUUCCUCAGUUCAGGAAGUAUUGCUGCAAUGCUUGCGCCGCUGCCGACCGCACAGUCCGGGACGUCGGUUAGGAUAGCU